GGUCCCCACUGCUUCCAGAUGAUGUUUAGGAUGAAGACGGCUCUGCUCGUCCUCCUUGCCUUGGCUGUGGCCACUAGCCCAGCCUGGGCACUUCGAUGUCACGUGUGCACUAACAGUGCCAACUGUAAGAACCCUCAGGUCUGCCCGUCCAACUUCUACUUCUGCAAAACCGUCACCUCAGUGGAGCCUCUGAAUGGGAACCUGGUGAGGAAAGAGUGUGCAAACUCAUGCACUUCCGACUACAGCCAGCAGGGCCAUGUCAGCAGUGGUUCUGAGGUCACACAAUGCUGCCAGAGUGACCUGUGCAACGAGAGGCUGGUCAGCGCUGCACCUGGACAUGCCCUGCUCAGCAGUGUCACCCUGGGCCUGGCAACGAGCCUCAGCCUGCUCGCUGUUAUGGCUCUCUGCCUGUAAUGCACUGCUUGGAAUUUCCCUUGCCCCUUCCCUUCUAGUCCUCAGUGUCCCCACGGCCCAUCCUUUAGCCAUGAUGGAGGCACCAGGCGCUAAGGCUGGGGGAUGCCCUUCAAGGCUGGGUGGGCACCAAGAGCCGAUGACAUAUAUAGCACAGUGCCUCCCCCAGGACAGGAAGAUGUGGUUUGUGUCCCAGCAUGGAAGAUAGGGGACAGACAUGCUUCCACUCCUCUAAUUUUGUACUUGUUCCAGUUAUUUUUCUACUUGGAAAUAAAUGAUCUAACAAUA